AUGCACGCUAUGGACGGACUGUGGGCCAGAGCUGUGCGGCUGACACUGCUGCUACUGCUGGUGCUAGGGACGCCUGAGCCGGGGGUCCGCGGGGAGGACGGGCUGGACUUUCCCGAGUACGACGGCGUGGACCGUGUGAUCAAUGUCAACGCGAAGAACUACAAGAAUGUGUUCAAGAAGUACGAGGUGCUGGCCCUCCUCUACCACGAGCCCCCGGAGGAUGACAAGGCCUCCCAAAGGCAGUUUGAGAUGGAGGAGCUGAUCUUGGAGUUAGCAGCCCAAGUCCUAGAAGACAAGGGUGUUGGCUUCGGGCUGGUGGACUCUGAGAAGGACGCAGCUGUGGCCAAGAAACUAGGACUGACCGAAGAGGACAGCGUCUACGUGUUCAAGGGAGAUGAGGUCAUCGAGUACGACGGCGAGUUCUCUGCGGACACCCUGGUGGAGUUUCUGCUCGAUGUCCUGGAAGACCCCGUGGAGCUGAUCGAGGGAGAGCGGGAGCUGCAGGCCUUUGAGAACAUUGAGGACGAGAUCAAGCUCAUCGGCUACUUCAAGAGCAAGGACUCAGAGCAUUACAAGGCCUUUGAGGACGCGGCCGAGGAGUUUCAUCCCUACAUCCCCUUCUUCGCCACCUUCGACAGCAAGGUGGCCAAGAAGCUGACCUUGAAGAUGAACGAGAUCGACUUCUACGAGGCCUUCAUGGAAGAGCCCGUGACCAUCCCCGACAAGCCCAACAGCGAAGAGGAGAUCGUCAGCUUCGUGGAGGAGCACAGGAGGUCUACCCUGAGGAAACUGAAGCCCGAGAGCAUGUAUGAGACCUGGGAGGACGACAUGGAUGGAAUCCACAUAGUGGCCUUUGCAGAAGAAGCUGAUCCCGAUGGCUACGAGUUCCUAGAGACUCUCAAGUCUGUGGCCCAAGAUAACACUGACAACCCUGACCUUAGCAUCAUCUGGAUCGACCCGGAUGACUUCCCCCUGCUGGUUCCAUACUGGGAGAAGACGUUUGAUAUCGACCUGUCAGCCCCACAGAUAGGAGUGGUCAAUGUUACCGAUGCGGACAGCAUAUGGAUGGAGAUGGACGAUGAGGAGGACCUGCCUUCUGCUGAGGAGCUGGAGGACUGGCUGGAGGACGUGCUGGAGGGCGAGAUCAACACAGAGGAUGACGACGAGGAGGACGAGGACGAUGAUGAUGACGACGACGACGACGACUAGUUGCUGUGGCAGUGUCUCCCAGCCCAGCCCCACCUGCUCUUCUCAUGCUCCCGCCUACCUUCCCUGUCCUUCCCGAGGUCCUCCAGUGACACCGGGUCAUUCUCUGCCGUAGGGCAACGGGGGUCUUUCUGCUGGGUGCUGACUC